GCGAAGCUGGAGGAGAUUCACAAAGACCAUAGGGUCAAUUUCGCCGGAGGAGACCCAACUAACUCUCAUCUCCACCACAAUGGCAACACUACCGCCAUCGAUUCUGGAUAUAAUAAUAACUAUUCCAUCCCUCCUCCUCGUAAACGACCCUGGGGAACCUCUCCAGAUCAAGUGGAUGUCCCGGGCCAUGUUAAAGUCUACGUUGCACCAGUUCCCAGAACAGCAACUGAAGCUGAUGUCCGCCUUGUGUUUGAAGGCCAUGGAAAUAUUGUUGAGGUUGUUCUUUUAAGGGAUAAGUUAACUGGAGCUCGACAAGGGAGUUGUUUCGUGAAAUAUUCAACAUUUAAUGAAGCUGACACGGCUAUUAAGGCUUUAAGCAAUCAGUAUACAUUUCCUGGAGAAUCAUAUCCUGUUGUUGUCAGAUUUGCUGAUCGAGAACUUGAGCGUUUUGGGGUUCGAGGCUUCUCCCGAAACUUGGAAAAGAAAGGUCCUCCAGAAGAAGUGGUGGUGGAUAAAGUUUUUGUUUGUUACAUCAACAAAGACGCUUCAAGACAGGAAAUUGAAGAAAUAUUUUCCCCUUACGGGCAUGUAGAACAUAUCUUCAUCAUGCGGAAUCGUGGAUGUUGUUUCGUCAAAUUUUCUAAUAAAGAGAUGGCUUUGGCAGCAAUCAAAGGGUUGGAUAGAAACUUCACAAUGAGAGGUUGUGAUCAUCCAUUAAUUGUUCGUUUUGCGGAUCCUAAGAAACCAAGGACGGGAGAAUCAAGGGGCAACUACUUACCUGCGAAUGUGAAUUAUGGUCCAAAUUCUCAAGAACCAGCAGCUUGGCCGCCACCUAAUUUUUGUGAUUCCAAUACUGGAGGGGUGCAUAUUGCUCCACAUCAUUCUAGACUUCCACACCAGCAAGUUAUUGCUCCUAUGCCAAACUGGGAACCUGGUGCUACUGUUGUACAGCAACAAUUUCUUCCCCAACAAGUGAAUUCACAAUUUGCUUCAAUGCAUUUGCGGUCAAUUCGAGCUCCCAACUUGUCUUCUCCACCUUUUCUUGCUGACGUGCAGAGACAAUUUCAUCCAGCUGAUUCAUCUGUCCAAAAUAUAGAGCAGCAACUAAAUUUUCAGCUGCCUACUCAGUCCGAACGUAACUCUAAUACAGUUGCUGGCAGUACCUCACCUGAUCUGCCUACAAAUCCCCAAGAUGAAGAAUUUCCAGAGUGUGAUUGGAGUGAACACUACAGUCCUGAUGGUCACAAGUACUACUACAACUGCGUCACUUGUGAAAGCAGAUGGGAAAAGCCUGAGGAGUAUGCUUUGUAUGACAAAGAGUCACAGAAGCAACAUGAACAAGAUGAUCAUAGCGUUCUUCACUCACAAUCGUCGUUAUCUUCCUCUCAAGAAGUUUCUCAAAAGCAACAGGUCCAUUCUUAUUUCUAUACCAUUACAAAAGAAACAAAUCAUGAUCACAUGCAGUCAGAAACAAGUCCUGUUGUUGGACAGGUGUGA